AUGGCUCGGAAGCGGCAGAGGGAUGACGAAGCGGAACCGCCGUUGUCUUUGGAGGUGGAAGAGUGCGCGAACCUGACGCCGAAAUUGCACGAGUGGAGGUGGGCAGAUUCCGAUCAGUUCGACUCUCACCGACUGCGCGUGGUUCCAGAUGUGUCAAAACAUUCCAACAGCCAGCGCGAAAUUGAGAUCUUGUCCACUUGCGAGCAUCCUAACAUCAUCGGUCUUCUUGGCUGGUCUCUUCAGGGUAGUUGUUACUACCUUGUGCUGGAGCUCAUGCAGUAUGAUUUGGACAACAGGCUGAAAAGCCAUCUCUUUGGAUCAUGGUUCUUUCCAUGCAGUGAGCGUGUGGCGGCUUUGCGUGAUGUGGCUGCAGCUUUGAAGUUCCUGCCCGGUCACACACCUUGUGUCUACCACCGCGACGUGAAAUCUGCCAACGUUCUACUGAAGGACAGCUUGCUGGGGAGCAGUGAAGAUUACGAAACAUGGAAUAUAUCAUAA